AUGAGGUUUAACUCUGUUGCAGCCCUUCUUGGGGCUGCUGCCGCUGUUCAAGCUCUUCCAGCCAUUGAAGAGCGCGCACAAUAUGCCAACUCCUCCAUCGAAGCCCCGAAGCAGCAGGGUUUUGAAGUUGUCAUUGUCUACGCCCGUCCUGCCGAGGGAUGCCCGGCCAAGCCCGCUCACUGCGAUGCUGGUGCCCACGAUGACCGCAAGGCGUACGAGGCUCCUUCUCUUCCCGAGCCCUCCAUCGCUGAAGAUCAUGGAGACUCUGGCUUCAAGGGAAGCAAGACUGCUACCCUUGAGCACGAUGCUCCCAUGGCCACCCUUACCCCCGCCAUCCACUGGAACUAUGACACUCGCCCGGCCACGAACGUCAUUCCCAUCGCCCCUGAGAAGGCCUCCGAGAUGUUUUACGGCAUCACUGAUCCUUCCAAGGCCGGUCACUUCGCCUUCCUGACCUACUACUUCAAGAGCCCCUCGGUUAACCUCGACCACUGUGACCACGUGACGAACGUCAAGUAUGACUCGGAUGAACUGACGAUCGGUUUCGGCUCCGAAGAGGCAUACGAGCACGCUGUCUCUACCUGGGCUGAUGACGAAGAUGUCAUCCUCAUUGUGUACGUCCCUGGCUGCGGCGACUAUGCCAAGGGCGAUCGCUGCUACUUCCAGGUCAAGGCUCUCUCUUACAAGAAGGGCGACCUCGUCAUUGUCGCCGGUGGUAAGCCUUGCCACCCGGAUGACGUUAUCUCCAAGGGUGAGACCGAAUGGGGUUGGUGGACUCCUCGCGACGAUGGCCAUGGCCCCAAGAGCCCGAGCACCAAGACCCUGCCUGGCGUCGGAGGGCAGGGCACGACCAGCUCUGCCAGGCCCACGACCACUGCUCGCGCCCAAAACACCCAGUCUGGUGCCUCCUUCGCCUGGGGUGGCGGCUCGACGUCCAUUGUGACUGCUACCACCGUAGGGGGUUCGUCGCCCUCUGGCAGCGCCUCUGCCGGACCUUCGGCCUCUGGAUCCGGCUCGUCUCCUUCCAACUCUCAAGGCCCCUCUGGCACAUCUGCUCCUGGAGCUGGUAGCACAUCGGCUGGCUUUGCUGCGGCCAAGCCCGACUGCAAUGCCCCUGUCGACACCAAGUACGGUUUGCCCUCAGCCUGUUGGGGUGAGCUCUUCGACUACGACCUUGACACUGAUCUCGGCUAUGAACCCUUGAGUGCGGAUUACAAGACUUUCGCUCUUACUCUCGCCCCCGAGCUUGAUGACUAUGCCGAGGCCGACGGGGAGACCUUCGACGGCGAUUUCUGGAAGACAAAAAAACGGGGAAUCAAUGUCCUGAACAAGCGUUCCUGUGGCUUCCUGUGUGACAUUGUCGACACGUAUGUUGUCCAGCCCAUCAAGCAGGGGUACAAGACUGCCCAAGAAGCGAGCUCUAUUCAUGGCAGCAUCAACAAGGAAGUCAGUUGGAAGCUUCCUGACUCCUCCUCCAAUGAUCCUGAUGCCAAGACCCUCAAGGAUCCUGAGACCAAACAGGUCACUUCUCCGUGGGGUGACUCGAUCCUUCUCAAGGCUUUCGGAAACCAGGAGGGCGAUGAAAACAAGAAGCUCAAUGGCUACAUGAACGUCUUCUGCGUUGGCUGUGGUGUUUCCGGCAGCGCCAAGCUCGCUGGCCGCGCUGCCUGGACUCCCCUCGGUGGUGUCUUCACCCAGGGCGAGGUUGAGGUGAACACGGACAUCAAGUUCGUACUCAAGCUCGGCAUCGACGCCCAGAUGAGCUACAAGCGAGAGUUCAGUCACACGCUUCUGAAUGUCGGCCUCCCUGGUCUGUCCUACGGUGUCGUUACCAUCGGUCCUCGCAUCACCGUUGGCUCCCGCGUUGAGCUUGAGGCCGAGGCCAAGGGCAAGCUUCUUGCCGGUGCCGAGAUGGGCCUGCAGAACGCACACGUGCUCAUUGACUUUGUCAACCCCUCCAACAGCAAGCGCAACGGCUGGGACCCCUACUUCAAGCCAGUUUUCGAGGCCGAGGGCGAGAUUAUGCUCGCUGCGACUCUGGGCCUGCCCAUCGGUAUCCGCUGCGGUCUCCAGAUCAGCCAGUGGGACAAGUCCGUCGGUCUCAUCGACGAGCCCUCGAUCAAGGGUGUUGCGCAGGUGGCUGCCUCCAUCGAGCUGACUGAGGAGAAGAAAUUUGCCGCCGGAUUCAAGGACAUUGACGGGUGCACGGGCAUUAGCACCCAGAUCAGCUGGAGGAACAAGCUGUUCAUUGACAUCUUCGGAACCACUGAGAUUCCCCUGCUGGACACUGAUGAUAGACCGCUUGCCCGCGGGGCCCACCGACCCCGUGGACCCGAGGACCCCACUGAUCCCACCGACCCCGAGGAUCCCACCGAUCCCGAGGAUCCCACCGACCCCGAGGAUCCCACUGAUCCCACCGACCCCGAGGAGAACCCGGAGGACGGCGGCGAGGAGAACCCCGAAGACAGUGGCGAGGAGAACCCCGAAGACGGUGGCGAGGAGAACCCCGAGGAUGUCGAUGGUGGCUCUGAGGAGGACUUCGAGAACUCUGACUUCCAGGAAGCCACCAAGGUCCGCGCUCGUCAGGCAACCACAUCUGCUGUGGUUACCACCCCUGCAAACAUCACGGGCAAGGUCGUCGACAUCACCUCCAAGAUCAAGGGCAAUGGCACCAGCGUCCUGAGCUACACCCCUGAGACCCUCCCCAACCGCCCUUACAACACAAGCACCGGUUAUGACCUUGCGCUUCUAGUUGAUCCUGAGGCCACUACCAUGAUCGUCUCCUGCUCCAACGGCAACAUGUACGCCUUUGGUGUCGAUGGCGAGGAUAAUGAGCACUGCUCUGAGAUGUGGUCGGCCAAGAACGACGUCCUCGUCACCGACGGUAGCCAGCGUCUCAUGCAUUACUACAACAACUCCAUGUCCGCCGUCGGCGUCUCUCGCCUCCGUCUCGACGACCAGGAGAACAUCCCCUCGGCUGGUGUCGUCGUCGCCUUUGCUCCCUAUAGCGAGGAUGACAAGACCGAUGACUACUUCUACCUGGCUGUCGAUCCCAAUGAGCAGGUUUUCUACCUGCUUGUCUGUGACUUUGAGGACAACUCGGGUUCCAAGAUCUUCCUCGCCAAGGACCCUGAGGACGGUGCCGCCAUGCUCAUGAGCGAGGAUCUCCAGUACACUGUCACUGGUGGCAAGGUCACCGGAUGCUACCCGCUCACCCUGAUGCAGGGCGAGUACGCGGCCGGCGACGACUACACGACCCUCAGCGAGGCUUCUGACUCGGAGGAGUGGGACCUUGAGGAUGACUGGUUUGAGGAGGAGUGA